AUGCGGCUUAUAUUAGUCUCAAUAUACAGGCUUGCUCAGAUCACAACACAAGUGCUUAGGAAGCUCUAUGGCUCUAAGAAGCACGACAAGGUCGCCCGAGAUGAGUCGACUUCCCAAAUUGAAGCACAGCUCAGCAAGUGGUUAGAUGAAAGACCAAGAUUCUUGAACCCGGAAGAACAAUUAGGCCAGAAUGAGAGCGAAGUCUUUUAUGAUGUCCCCUGGAUAUUCAAAAGACAACAACGCACUAUCCGUGCUGCCUUCUAUUUCACAUCAAUGCAGCUCUACCGAGGGCACUUGUUGGACGAGUUCCUUCAAGCAAAUUUUCACGAUCGGCUCUCCUUAACCCCAGCACCACCGGUACAGAAAUGUAUACAUGCCGCAUUACAAAUGGCGUUGUUCGCCGCAGAUAUCAAAGAGGAUGUUACAUACAACUCAGUAUUUUGGGUAUACCAUCUCCAUUUGUCUUGGUUAUUAAUUCUGUUCUUGGAUUGA